GUGUUAGCAGCCGCCAUGUUAACACGCAAGUAUGGUGGGCGGAGCUCUGCAGAAGACAAAUGGAUCCUGCUGUGGCUCUUCUAUGAUGUCAUUGUCCACCUGACGUUGGAAGGUCCAUUUGUUUACCUCUCUCUGGUUGGGACGGUGAAGACGUCUGAAGGUCCUCUUGCUGAGCUCUUCAGCGGUGAGGAGGAGGAGCGGUGUCCUGUGAGGAGGAGUUUGUCUCCGGGUAUAAAGCUGUCUCCUCCGACCUCCUCCCUCCUUCUUCUUCCUCCUCCCCGCCGGUUCUUCUUCUUCUUCUUCAUCGUCAUCAUCAUCAUCAUCAUGGGCUUCGGUGAUCUGAAAUCCGCCUCCGGCCUCAAAGUGCUCAAUGACUUCCUGUCGGAGCGCAGCUACAUAGAGGGGUACGUCCCCUCUCAGGCCGACGUGGCGGUCUUCGAUGCGAUCUCGUCCUCGCCCUCCGCCGACCUGUGCCACGUCCUGCGCUGGUACAACCACAUAAAGUCCUACCAGAGCCAGAAGAACAGUCUUCCAGGUGUGAAGAAACCUCUGGGUCAGUACGGUCCUGCGGGUGUAGCCGACACCACCUCUGGCUCCGCCCCCGCCGCCUCAAAGGACGACGACGAUGAUGACAUCGACCUUUUCGGCUCCGAUGACGAGGAAGACGCAGAGGCAGCCAGGCUGAAGGAGGAGCGUCUGGCAGAGUACGCCGCCAAGAAGUCCAAGAAGCCCACCCUCAUCGCCAAAUCUUCGAUCCUAUUGGACGUGAAGCCGUGGGACGAUGAGACGGACAUGGCCAAGCUGGAGGAGUGUGUGCGCAGUAUUCAGAUGGACGGACUGGUCUGGGGACAGUCCAAACUGGUCCCGGUGGGUUAUGGCAUCAAGAAGCUGCAGAUCGGCUGCGUGGUUGAAGACGACAAAGUGGGCACAGACAUCCUGGAGGAACACAUCACAGCGUUUGAGGAUUUUGUUCAGUCGAUGGACGUCGCUGCUUUCAACAAGAUCUAAAACCAACAAGCAAGAGUAAAUAAAAAAAGCACUUGAACAGAAGAA